AUGAAAGUUCAAGGUUUCCCAUGCCGAAAGGUUUGUGGUGCACGUAAAGGAGAAUGGUCCAUCAAAACAGGAGCGUUAGAUGACCAAUUGACUAAGGAAUCAGUUAUUAACGGCACCAUCAAACCAGCUGGAAGUACUUCUCGUCAGGCGGUGCAGCUACGUUUCUGCUGUUAUACGAAAAUGGAAAACGGUUUAUACCUACCAAAUGUUUUUGAAAAUAAGCAAUGAACAAAGAUAACGGAGUGCGUUCGAGCGAUCUCCAUAUCAGCUGUCUCUCCUUUUCGUCUCCUUGAAGCAAGUUGGCAUCAUUGAUGUCAUUCGCCCCUGCAAAAUCUGCGGGAAAGCCAGAAUCAUUAAAUCAACGACCGUUGUCCCAUACAGUCUUACUCCAAUCUAUUGCAGGAGUUCGUUUUGUUAUAUUACAAUCAAACCUCUAUUAAGCGGCCAACAUCGGGGUAGAGACGUGACUUGCAUUAAAAGUUGUAUCACAAUACAUGCUGCACGGUGUCAAAACCUAUUUUAUUAAUUAUUUAAACACCUUUACAAAUAGAAAAGUUCACUGCACUUCCUUUCUGUCCCUUAUCCGUUUGCAGCUAAAUUCUUGAAGCUUGUGUUUGGUGAGACUCGUGUGAAGGCGAGUACCGCUGAAAGAGAAUGUCAAAGUAAAGGAGGUCAUCUAGCUAGCAUCCACAGUCAGGAAGAAAAUCAAAAAAUCAAACAGAUGGUCGGAUCAGCAUCAAUGGCCUGGAUUGGCUUGAAGAGGACAACCGUGCAAACCAGACCGUGGAUCUGGACUGAUGGCACUGAGCUAGACUUCGGGGAGUGGAAGCCAGACGUUACUGACGAUGAAAAUUUUGUUUCCAUUAGUGGAGACGAUGGCUCAUGGGAGGCAAAGACUAAAGAUCCUAAGCUUCCUUUCGUAUGCAAAGUGAUUAACUCUUGUCCAGAUGAGAAUGAGUGA